ACCAGUGUUCAAACGUCAUUAUGAAAAACAAUUAAUAAAUAAAAUUGAUGAAGUACAACAAGCAAUUCCAAUAAAUCAACAGGAUUCACAAACACGAACUCAUUUAAUAACAACAACAGAAACAACAACAAGUCAACAACAAAUGCGUCAAGAACAAGAACAAGAAACAUCAUUAAAUAAUAAUCAUCGUUUACCAGUGUUCAAACGUCAUUAUGAAAAACAAUUAAUAAAUAAAAUUGAUGAAGUACAACAAGCAAUUCCAAUAAAUCAACAGGAUUCACAAACACAAACUGAUUUAUUAGCAACAACAACAGCAGGUCCCGAACAAGAAACUGAAAAACACACAGAUCGAGCACAACAAACAAUUAAAGUAAAUCAACAUGGUGCACAAACACAAAUACAAGCGGCUUUGAUAACAACAACAGCAUCAAGUGCUCCACUUGGACAGGCAUUUGGUUUACCUCCAUUACCUGAACAUAAUCCAUGUGACAAUAGUAUAGCUCGACCUGAAUUAUGGAUAGUACAUAAUAAUACAAUGAUUCGAUUACUUUGGAUUGUACCUUCAACAUCAAUGGGAUCUAUACGAGAGUAUGAAAUCUAUACAUAUCAACAAGGUGUAACAACAACGUCAUCUGAUUGGAAAAAAACUGCGACAGUUAAACCAAUGGGUUUACGAAUGGAAGUUAAUAUAAACGACUUUCAAUAUAAUUGUCAUUAUGCAUUUGCUAUUCGAGCAAUAUCAAUUCAUAAUAGUAUUGGUCCUUUUUGUGCACCAACAAGAAUAUUUAUAGGAAAUUCACCUAUCGAACAUCAUUAA